AUGAACAAUCAAGAAAGGGUUACUGAAGGCGAAUGCCAUAGGACGUUUAAAUCGAAAUUAUCUUUGAUCAAGCACUUGAAGGUCAGACACCAUAUUGUGAUUGUCGGUUUCAAGCAUGGGCGUCCUGAACAAGAUGGAAGGCUUGCAUACUGUAUUUGGCAGCAGCUAACGAAGGCCGUUUUAAGAGCAGAAGAAAAAAAACUUAAGAAGCAAAUAAGGAAACAAAUCAGUUUAUGGGAUCCGUCGGAUGGUUUACAGAAACCAGAAUUUGCCUAUGAACAACACAUCGAAGAUGUCUCUCACGUUUACCAAUGUCUCAUCACUCAAUUAUGUUUGGAAGAUUCAUAUGGAUUGAGGGUAAAUAUUUCUUUGAGUAUUCUGGAAAUGAGGUUCGAACGUUUUCCCGGAGUGUUGGAGCAAAAUUGUGCCAUGGAUAUUGUUCUGGAAGCUCUGACGCCGUUGAAGUUUAAUCAAGGCAAUGAUAAAGAGCAGGGUAGUCUUUGUAUGAAUUUUGGCUUUACAAAAGCAGAUUGA